UCUCUCUCUCUCCCUUCUGCAACUUGGAUGGUCGGCUGGGAUUUGGGUAAACUAGGGACGACCAAAUGCCAGUGAACUAGGAACGACCAGCAACACUAGGAUCGACCAUCAACACCAUUGCCAGAAAACCAACCACCACCACCGAAAAAGCAGAACCACCAUCGACCACAACCGCCUACCCCCAAAAAGGAGGCGUGGAAAUUUGGAGGAUUUGGUUCUCACCAAAUUUGGUGAAAAAAUUGAGUAAAACCUAAUUUGGUUCUUGACUUGGUGAAGUAGUGAGAGGUGGGUUUUUGGUGAUUUUUACUAAAAUUUGGUUUGAGUCCAAAUUUGGUGAUGGAGUGGAGAUGCUCUUAUAAUUUACACAAUUUUUUGCACAUAAAUAGGGGCAAGUGUACAGUUUGGGUUUGUCGUAUGGAGUAUUAGCCAAGGGGAUGAUUGAUUGGCUUGGUUUGGUAUAAAAAUUUGUCACUCUGAGUAACAAUCAAAUUAACUGCGUAUUUUUUACCCCAACGAAAAAUCAAAUUAACACUGCAUUUUUCCCUUUUCCUUUUGCUUGGUUAUGGAAAGAUAUUUAGCAAAAAUAUAAAAACUUACUGGAGAUUUCAAUCCCAUACGCGUGCUUUUGUGCGCGCGCACGUGUGUGGAGUGACCAUCAUACACAAGAUUAUUCAAGCAAAGUUCUAUUCACCUUUAUUUGUGAGGUUCAUGUUAAGUUUGUUGUUUUUUUUUGAGAUGGACCAUAGAAACAUUAAGUGAGUUUCAAUAUGGUAAAUUAGUGGUAGAAAUUGUAUGAUUGAAGUCUUUGUAGUCUACCACUAAGUACCAACUGACUUCCCUGGUUUGUUCAUCCGAAGAGGUAAAGUCUGAAUUUCCGUAUCGUGACAAUCAAUUUUUGUUGUGUAUUUCCAUUUUGGUAUAGUUUUUCCAUCUUUGUCAUUGCUUUUGUUGGCUGUGUUGUGUAUAUACUUUGGGGCCCACACACACUACACCUCCAGUGUGUGUGGGACCCACCAAAAGAUGUCAGUGUGUUUGUUUGUGGUUGUAUAAUAAUUGUAUACUCUGCACGUGUGUCAAAUACUUGUGUAUUUAGAGCCCAAUCCCAAAACUAAUACAAAGGCGCUGUGCCUAACUGGGGGGUAUAUAGCUUAUAGAAAUUUCAUUCAGUGGAGUCCUUCGUGAAGUCAUUAGUAAUGUCUGUCUGAUUUGUAAUGUUACAAAUCUUAUCAAUACCAACUUUCUCAGCAUAUAUAUUGAAUUAUUUAAAAAUGUUGAAACUUGUCAAAUUUUAUGUAAGAAUGAAAUUGGGGAACAUGUGUUCUAUCGCUUGACUCUAGUGUCAACUAAGCUUUCUUUAAACAAUUAAACAAGAAAGAAAGAAUUUAAUGGCCAUCUUUGUUUUCCUUUUUAAAGUACUUUAUUGUGGCAUGUUUGUGAUAGUUGUGGAUAUAGAAUUUAGAUUAUAACUUCAGAUGCUGCUGCAGAUUAUAGAUCUUAUAUUUUAGUAAAAGCAGAUAAACGUGUAUACUAUAGCUGUGGAAUUAUGAUUACGGUACAGCAAAAGCUGCUACUGUUGACUACAAAAUGCUGAAAAUCAACUUUGCAAUACUUAGAAUCCAAAAUCUGAUCUGAAAAGCACCUCAACCCAGCUUCUCUAGAAUCAGAUUUUAGACCCGUUUUCAGCUUCUAGGCACCAAAAUUUGUUAAGAAGAAUUUUUGACAAACACUCACGACACAACAGCUUUUCAAAAGCUAAAAUCUUAAAAUCUGCUCCUAGAAUUUUUCAUGAGCACCCACAAUUAUGAAACUCCAAAACCUUCGAAUUAUAGUAGCCAUAUGUUAUUUUUUCUGAAGUUGGUGGGUUCAAUUGAACCCUCUCGAGUCCAGUGCAUGACUCCACAUAGCUCCACUGUUGCUGAAAUGUGCAUGCUGCAAAAAAUGGUGCUAAAUGAGUUAUUUGCUUUGGUCAGACAAGUAUGUAACUACAUUUUGCACUUUAUCAAUUAAACAGGCAGGAGUAACCUUUCACAAGCAUAUUUUUUAAUGCUUCGAUAGGUUGCUCCUUCUGUAAAGUUGGUAAUUAUAAUCAGCAUGAAUUAUUGAAUUUGGACGCAGUAAGUGGAACUGCAAAGUUUAUCUGUGGAAAACUAACUGUUGGUUGUUCAAAAUUUUAAAGCAGGGUUUUACUUUUUCUCCUUUUUUUCAAUAAGGCGAUAGCCAUGUGUGCCUGAUUACUUAUUCUUGUCUUCGAUUUUUUCACUCUCCCACAUAAAAGCCUUUAUAGUGCCAAUGUACGUAGGUUUGAUUUGAAUAAAAUCUUAAGUUAUGUUUCUUAUACUUCAGCACCAAAGGAACAAUAUCCUACCAGUUCAAAUAGAUAACUAUGUUGGGGACAAAGUACAAAUGAAGUUAAAGUAAAGUACAUGAUGUACGUCCAUCCAGUGGACUAGGUAGAAGCCAAAUGCUUUUCUAGCUAUCCUUUGGGAACUUGGAAAGCAGCAGAUAUAGAAUUUGAUAGAUGGUGAAAAAGUCGGAGGAAAAGGGUAUUUGGGCACCACAUACACCUGAAAAAUCUAUUCGGCCAACGAAGGGGCCUGUUUCUGUGGACAGAAAAUGUGAAAGCCACGUGGCUGGAAGUUUCUCUCAUGAAACUUCACAAGAUUUUGCAGGUUUUAAUGCUUUAACAGACUGCAUUGAUGCAGCACAGUCUUUGAAAGAGGCGAGUAGUAAGUCACAGCUUCGUUCAGUUCCAACUCCAUCGAAGAAUGACAAUACCUGGGAAAGUCGCAAAGAUUAUACAGACACGAAGCAGCAGACACAGAAGAAACGUAGAGUGAAGAAAUAUUGGCCUAAAGUAUUGGAUGAAGCCAAACCAAAGAAGAAUCCAAAAUCUUCUACUCCCAAACCAUGCACUCCAAAGCCUUCCAAGCGCGCUACUUCCAGGAGAUGUCUAGAUGAGAAGAUGAAGGAUGUUGGAGAGGAUUGUCUCCCUUCUGCCUCCACUAAACCCUCAAAACAUGUCCAGAUUGGUGGGCAAAAUGUUGAUGCAACUUAUGUUCCGGAAUCAACCAAACGAGCUCUCAGUUUCAAUGUGCAGAAUCAUGAGAGAGAUUCCGGAAAAGAUGCUAGAAUCAUUAUUCACCAAUAUCAACGACGAAAAAAGAACAUUGACAGGUCACCUUGCGAUGCCAAAGCAAUGGAACAGUCAGAAGAAUUCAAUUUAAUGGUUAAAAACAUGACAGGCAUGACAUCUGGUUUUACCCUGACUGAGGAGUGGAUUCAACCUACCCAAUUGUCUGAGACAGAAAUAGGGGCUACUAAUGACUCUCUCGAUAUAAAUCAACUAGGUUGCUGCAAUGGAAACUCCUUAAUAGUAUACAGGAGGGUAUUCCGUGCCAAUCAAUGCCCAAGCAGUAGCAGAAAACUUGGACCCAAUUUUCCCAGGAUGUGGAAGAAAAGAAGGAUGAUGAGACGAAAGGCAACCAUCUAUGACAUUUUCAAGUAUGUGAUAGCUGCACCGAAGAAACGAACGAUCAGGAGACAAAAACAAACUAGCUUUGGAUCUAGGCGGUCUGCUAAAUCUGCAAAACAAGCACAUAAACGGGUUAAAACAAGCAAGUUUCCAUCAAUUAUGACUGAAAGACAGAUGGCUGUACAAAAAGAAAAGGACAAUCAUGGUGGCCUAGUGCCUCGUUAUGCGGGGUUAAUGAUUUCACCUACUAAAUCACAAGAAUGGUCAGCAGCUAAUGACCCAAGUUCAUUCCAGUGUGUACUAUCCUUAACCCCACUAGCCAUGUCAAAGAAGAGGAGAUCCUAUAAGUCCAUCCGAAGGCUCAACUUAGGUCCCUCAACCUUAAUUCCUUGUAUAAAUCACUUGCCAUCAGUUCCUUUUCCACAAUCCCUUCAUGUUAGAGUUGGCAACCAGGACCUGCUAGUCACAGAUUAUGAUAUUAUUGCAGCAAAGAGGCAGGAUAUUAUCGAGUUCCUUGACAAUGAUGUUCCUGGUGAUAAAGAAGUACAAGGAUGCCCCAAAUAUGUCCUUCCCUCUACAGAAAGCAUGCAGGAUGUGGUUUCUGUACAAUUGAUGGAUGUUAUUGUGGGACUUCAGGGUCUACAUAUCAGCGAUGCAGGUGGUCAACUUGUUGUCCAUAGUCAGAAUGCACAUGGUAAAGAUGGGCAGCAGAAGGCAGUGAUUGUCUAUAAGAAACGAAAGCAACCACCUAAAGUUGAUAUUGACCAAGAAACAAUGAGGGUGUGGAAACUACUCAUGGCUGGCAGAGAUGAAGAUGUUGAAGAAGAAAGAGACGACGAAAAGGAGAAAUGGUGGGAAGAACAAAGAAAUAUUUUUCGUGGUCGGGUAGAUUCGUUCAUCUCCCGCAUGCAUCUCGUACAAGGGGAUAGACGUUUCUCACCAUGGAAAGGUUCAGUGGUGGACUCGGUGGUUGGAGUUUUCCUUACACAGAAUGUUUCGGACCAUCUUUCAAGCUCUGCCUUCAUGUCUCUUGCUGCAAAGUAUCCCCUUAGAUCUACUACUGCGCACAAAGCAUGCGAUGAAGAUGGGGAAGUUGCAUCCAACAACGAAUCAGUUGGAAGUAAUAUAAGAGAAAGAGUCCAAGAUGAAAUUUUGCAGCAGGAUUUCUUGGAUUCAUUCAUUGAUGGUCCACCAAGUACUAGUAAGCAUUCUUCUGUUGAAAGAUCUAGUGGUUUCUCUGAGACUGUGCAGAGGGAAGAUACAACUUGUCUCCAAGAAUUUAGCGGUGAUGAAAAUGGAGAUUUGCUAGAAAAUGAAAGCUUAUUGGAUUCUUGUAUAUCAAGAAAAGUGGAGAAUGCAAAGCAAGGAUCAACUUGUAAUGGUUCAUAUGUUGUGAAUGACCCACCUGCUUCUAUUUGUUCACUCAGUUCCCAAAAGCAGUAUUCUUAUAUUCACCUCACCCCGUUUGAUGUUGAAGUGGAAUCCCUAGACUCUGGAAACAAUACAAUGAAUGAUGUAGAGGACGUUGGUGAAAAUCUUGGAUGCAUUGGAUCCUUGGGCAGUGAAGCUAUAGUUCAGAAGAAGGCUACUCCUAGAGCUCAAGAAGCAAGAGUUGAGCUGUGUGCAUCAUUAAGCAAGUGCCAAGUACUCCCAGAAUGUAGUUCACAAGCAGAAGUCAACAAAGUUAAUGUUCAGGAAUGUAUCAAGAAUUUCCAAGAAGGCAGUAAAAUAAGCCCUCAAACCAAAUCUCCAUCGAGGAAAAAGAAAAGCAAGGUUGAGAAGCAAGAGAAGUCAAUCGACUGGGAUGAGUUGAGGAAAAACUAUGUUGGUUCUACAGUUUCCACUAGUGACACAAGGGAUUCCUUAGACUGGGAGGAAGUUAGGCAGGCAACAAUUGAUGAGGUUGCCAAUGUCAUUAAGGGACGAGGACAACAUCGUGUGCUUGCGGAACGAAUUAAGGACUUCCUCGAUCGGGUGGUUAGAGAUCAUGGAAAUAUCAACCUAGAGUGGCUGAGAGCUGUUCCACCAGACAAAGCGAAGGAAUACUUGUUGAGCUUUAAAGGACUGGGGUUGAAGAGUGUGGAGUGUGUAAGGCUUUUGACACUUCAGCAUCAUGCCUUUCCGGUUGAUACCAAUGUUGGACGAGUAGCAGUACGUUUGGGAUGGGUGCCUCUGAAACCACUUCCUGAGUCACUUCAGAUCCAUCUUCUAGAGCAGUACCCGGUCUUGGAUACCAUUCAAAUAUAUUUGUGGCCACGGCUGUGCACCCUGGAUCAACGAACAUUGUACGAACUACAUUAUCAGAUGAUUACCUUUGGAAAAGUAUUCUGUAGAAAACGCAAACCAAACUGCAAUGCAUGUCCUAUGAGGGGGGAGUGCAGGCACUAUGCUAGUGCAUUUUCAAGCGCUAGGCUUGCCUUACCUGGGCCACAAGGAAAAAAUACGGUAACUUCGAUUGUUCCAUAUGAGGCUGUUCAAAAUUCCAGCUUGGUCAUUACGCCAGCAACCAAGUCACUUCCUGUGGCUACCUUCUCAGAAUCAAGAUACGAAACCAACAGCUGUGAGCCUAUUAUUGAACAUCCACCGUCUCCAGAGCCUGAAUCCACAAAAUACCUUGAGAGGGAUAUUGAAGACCUUUAUGAUGAUCCUGAGGAUUAUAUACCUACCAUCAGGCUAGAUGUUGAAGAGUUCAGAUAUAGAAUACAGGAGUUCAUUGAGAUGAACAAUAUUCCACUUGAAGGGGUUGACAUUUCGAAAGCUCUAGUUGCUCUAACUUCGGAAGCUGCUUCAAUUCCUCUACCCAAACUGAAGGACAUUAGCUGGUUACGGACAAUACACCACGUGUAUGCGCUUCCUGAUUCACACCGUAUCUUGGCAGGGUUUGACAAGCGAGAGCCUGAUGAUCCUAGCCCGUAUCUUCUUGCUAUAUGGCCUUCAGGUGGAACUGCAAUUUCCUCCAAACCUUCCAGAAAGCUAUGUGACUCCUCUCAGGAAUCACAUUUAUGCAAUAGGGACACAUGCUCUUCAUGUAAUGAUGCUCAAGAUCAAAAUGUCCAAACAGUUUGCGGAACAAUUUUGAUACCAUGUCGAACAGCCACCAGAGGAAGCUUUCCACUCAAUGGAACUUACUUUCAGGUUAACGAGGUCUUUGCUGAUGAUGAAACGAGUCAACACCCACUUUCUGUUCCUAGAGCAUGGAUAUGGCCACUAAGAAGACGAACUUUACAUUGUGGAGCCUAUGCAGGAGCAAUAUUUGGAGGUUUAUCAACAGCAGAAAUCCAGAGUUGUUUUUGGAGAGGUUUUGUUUGUGUGAGAGCAUUCAAUCGGACGACACGGGCGCCUGCCCCUUUGUCUCAGAGAUUUCAUGUUUCGACAAUUCUUAAAGGGAAGAGAAAGUUCACUCAAGAUGAGUAGGAUGUUGUUCUGCGAGCGAAGAGGAGAAUGCUUCAUAAGCUUCGUGUCAUUGUUCAUAUGUUGGACAUGAGGCAGAAGAUUGAUGCUCAUACCAAUCUAAUACAAAAGGUGGCUUUUUGGUUUUGUGCACAGUUUUUUUUGGGCUUUCUGAACAUGGGUAUAGAGGGAAGGCAUUUCUCUUGGGAAUUUUGAUAGAAGGUGUGUAUAUAUCAUUUUUGCUUUCGCAUGCCCAUUUUUCGGUGCUUUCUUAUACAAAUGUGUCUAGCAAACAUUAAAUUUAUUCUAAUACUCAGUCUAACACUUCCUUCCUACAAAUAAAAUCCUCGGAGAUGAUGUUGUUUAUGUA